AUGGUCAUCACCAGUUGUUAUUAUCAAGGAAAAGGUGGUAGUCCACGUUUCUGCGUCGACUACAGGAAACCAAAUUUAAUUACAGAACGUGAUGUAUACCUACUUCUAAGGAUUGAUGAUAUUGCCGAUAAAGUGGCUGGAUCAAAUUAUUUUACAAUAUUAGAUUUAAAAUCUGGCUACUGGCUAAUUCCAAUCGCCGAGAACAAGGAGAAAACAACAUUUGUCACAACUGAUGGGUUAUAUGAAUUUAACGUACUACCAUUUGGCUUAUCCAACGCACUCUCAACAUUUCAUCUUGUCAUCGACUCAGUGGUAGGAGCAGUACGAUGGGAUAUUACAUUGGUGUACCUACACGAUGUUACCAUCUAUUCAAAGAUCUUCGAGAAAUAUAUCCAACAUCUUGCUAUGGUAUUAACAGCACUAGAAAAAGCAAAUGUUAAACUGAAUCCUGGCAAAUGUAAGUUAGCAAGGAAAGAGUUGGAUUACCUGGGGUAUAGAAUUACACGGAAUGGAAUUAAGCCAACAAUACAAAUGUCAGCAAAACAUUAGAUUUUCCAACACCAGAAUCAACAAAAACUGCUUAUUCAUUUAUUCAAAUGAUAGAAUAUCCUCUUUCUUGCAUCGAAUCCGCCAAUUUCGUUCUAACUAAAAUUUUCAUACAGUCGUCUACACGCUUGCCUCCUAGUUUUACCCAUAUAACGUGAACUACAGUUCUUACAUUUAACAUGAUAAAUAACAUCGGACUUUAAAUAAUUUCGUAUUUUAUCCCUAAAAUUAAAUAAAUUCUAAACUGGUGCUCAGCUUAGAAUUUAUUUAAUUUUGAGAAUAAAAGGCGAAAUGAUCUAAAGUCCGAUGUUAUUUAUCAUAUUAGAGAUGUAACAGCUGUAGCUCACGUUGUAUGGGUAAAACUAAGAGGCAAGCGUGUAGACGACUGUAUAAAAAUUUUAGUUAGAACGAAAUUGGCGGGUUCGAUGCAAGAAAGAGGAUAGAGGAUUUUCGCCACAUUCUCGUUUCUAAUCACACAGAACAGAAAUAAGUGAAGAGUGUGUUAUUUCAAGCAAGAGACGUGGUUCACCGCCUGUAUUUUUGAUUAAAUAAAGUUGAAUUUAAUCAUAACUGCUGUUAAUUGAAAAAGGAGUUUUAGUAGAUGAAGUGUGUGCGUGUGGACUACGAAAACAGCUGUAAAAUGAAUGAAAUGGAAUGAGAUUAUAGUUUACUGGUCUUGGUAGUAUACUUAUUUGCAUAUAGUAUCAUAGAGAAUCGCC